AUGGACACAUCCUGUGCCUCAGACCAGCUUCUGGUCAACUGUCAGUUCCCUCUCCCAUCAGUCACUGGGACCACCAUGACCCCCACCCUCUUCUCCCUGCUGUACCUUGGGCUGUGUCUGGGCCAGAGGAUGAGGACACAGGCAGCAGACAGAUUCCCCAGACCCUCCCUCAGGGCAGAAGAUGGCUCUUUGGUGCCCCAAGGGAGAACUGUGACCCUCAGGUGCAGGGGGUCACAGGAGGCUGAUCUGUACCGCCUGGAGCAAAAGCUAGGAAAUGGAAUGUCUGACAUCACAGAUAUGAGCACAGUUGGAAUUGAGGUCAACUUUUCCCUUCCUUUUGUGACCUGGAACCAUGCAGGGACCUACUACUGCCACUACAGACACUCACUGGGCUGGUCAGAGCCCAGUGAGCCCCUGCAGCUGGUGGUGACAGGCCUUUAUGAAGAACCUUCCCUGGCAGCCUUGCCCAGCUCUGAGGUGGCCUCAGGGCAGAAUGUGACUCUGCAGUGUCAGACACGGGGAUGGCAUGACUGGUUUGUCCUGUACAAAGAUGGAGAAGAGAUCACCCGGGGGAUGACCCAGAGUCAUGGAAGGGGGCGUCACUUUGAGUUCUAUUUCCAUGCUGUGACUUCUAGCCAGAAUGGCACUUACCGAUGCUACAGCUUUCAAAGUUCUUUCCCUAAUCAGUGGUCAUCCCCCAGUGCCCCCCUGGUGCUCAGGGUCUCAGGUCAGAACUGA